UUCCUAGAGAGCUCCCGGAAGUAGCUUGGGACAAGAUGCUUGCUGGCCGGUGCUGUGCCUCCGCACGUUUGGAAGUUAGGGGCUGGAGGGGCCUGGUCCGGUUACAGCUCUCGCCCCUUUUUCUACCAGCCCUUCCUCCAGGUCUGUUCACACUUUGCAGCGUCCCUUCCCCACCCGGGCCGCCGCUGGAACUCACGAAGUACCCUUAAAGAAAAGGCCCUCAGAAGGUUCUCUUAAGAAGAUAAAGAAAGUAGUGGAAACGAGUCUCCUGAGCUUUUCCGGCCCUAAAUGGCUGCAGAAUCAAGGAAGUCUUUAGCCCCAUCCCCACCAGACCAGGCUCCUGAAGAGGACCUUGUAAUUAUCAAGGUAGAGGAAGAUCAUGGUUGGGACCAGGAAUCAAGUCUACAUGAAAAUAACCCUCCUGGCCAAGAGCUGUUCCGCCUGCGUUUCAGGAAGUUAUGCUACCAAGAGACACUAGGACCCCGAGAAGCUCUGAUCCAACUCCGAGCACUUUGCCAUCAGUGGCUGAGGCCAGAUUUGAACACCAAGGAGCAGAUCCUGGAGCUGCUGGUGCUGGAGCAGUUCUUGACCAUCCUGCCUGAGGAGCUCCAGACUCUGGUUAAGGAACAUCAGCUAGAGAAUGGAGAGGAGGUGGUGACUCUACUGGAGGAUUUGGAAAGGCAAAUUGAUAUACUAGGACGGCCAGUCCCUGCUCGUGCACAUGGACAUAGGGUAUUCUGGGAGGAGGUCGUGCAUUCCAAAUCUGCACCAGAGCCUCCAGAUACUCAGCUCCAACCUGUGGCAACCCAGCACAAAUCUCCAGUGCUCCAAGGGCCACAAGACAGAGCCAUAUCUGCUUCACAGAGUCCUACCCCUUCCCAGAAAGGAAGUCCUCGAGACCAGGAGAUGACAGCUACACUUCUUACAGCAGGGUUCCAGACUUUGGAGAAGAUUGAAGACAUGGCUGUGUCCCUAAUUCGAGAGGAAUGGCUUCUUGAUUCAUCACAGAAGGAUCUGAGUAGAGAUAACAGGCCAGAGAAUUACAGAAACAUGUUCUCCCUGGGUGGUGAGACCAGGAAUGAGAACAGGGAAUUAGCUUCAAAACAGGUAAUAUCUACUGGAAUCCAACCACAUGGAGAGACAGCUGCCAAAUGCAACGGGGAUGUUAUCGGGGGUCUUGAGCAUGGAGAAGCCCAAGACCUUCUGGGCACAAUAGAGAGGCAGCGGGGAAAUCCCACCCAAGAGAGACGACAUAAAUGUGAUGAAUGUGGGAAGAGCUUUGCUCAGAGUUCAGGUCUUGUUCGCCACUGGAGAAUCCACACUGGGGAGAAACCCUAUCAGUGUAAUGUGUGUGGUAAAGCCUUCAGUUACAGGUCAGCCCUUCUUUCCCAUCAGGAUAUCCACAACAAAGUAAAACGCUACCACUGUAAGGAGUGUGGUAAAGCCUUCAGUCAAAACACAGGCCUGAUCCUGCACCAGAGAAUCCAUACUGGGGAGAAGCCGUAUCAGUGCAAUCAGUGUGGGAAGGCUUUCAGUCAGAGUGCGGGCCUUAUUCUGCACCAGAGAAUCCACAGUGGGGAGAGACCCUAUGAAUGUAAUGAGUGUGGGAAAGCUUUCAGUCAUAGCUCACACCUCAUCGGACAUCAGAGAAUCCACACUGGGGAGAAGCCCUAUGAGUGUGAUGAGUGUGGGAAAACCUUCAGGCGGAGCUCACAUCUUAUUGGCCAUCAGAGAAGCCACACUGGGGAGAAACCCUACAAAUGCAAUGAGUGUGGGAGGGCCUUCAGUCAAAAGUCAGGCCUUAUUGAACAUCAGAGAAUCCACACUGGAGAAAGACCCUAUAAAUGUAAAGAAUGUGGGAAAGCUUUCAAUGGGAACACUGGCCUCAUUCAGCAUCUGAGAAUUCACACAGGGGAGAAGCCCUAUCAAUGUAAUGAGUGUGGGAAAGCCUUUAUUCAGAGGUCAAGUCUCAUUCGACAUCAGAGAAUCCACAAAGAAAGAUGGUAUAAAUGCAGUGAGUGUGGAAAGAAGUUUGCCCAGAGCUCAAGCCUUGUUCGACAUCGGAGAGUCCACACCGGAGAGAAACCCUAUGAGUGUGAUCACUGUGGAAAAGCCUUCAAUGCACGCUCAACCCUCACUGUGCAUGAAAGAAUCCACACUGGUGAGAAACCCUAUACUUGUAAUGAGUGUAGGAAAGCAUUCAGUGUGAGGGCGCACCUGAUUAUACAUCAGAGAAUCCACAAUGGAGAGAAACCCUAUGAAUGUAAUGAAUGUGGCAGAGCAUUUAGUGUGAGCUCAGACCUCAUCAAACAUCAGAGAAUCCACUCUGGUGAGAAACCUUAUGAGUGUGAUGAGUGUGGGAAAGCCUUCAGCGUGAGCUCAGACCUCAUCAAACAUCAGAGAAUCCACACAGGAGAAAAACCGUAUGAGUGUAAGGAGUGUGGGAAGGCCUUCUAUGUGAACUCAGCCCUUAUUAAUCACCAGAGGAUUCAUUCUGGAGAAAAGCCCUAUAAGUGUGGAGAAUGCAGGAAAGCAUUCAGCCAGAUCUCAACUCUUAUUCUUCAUCAGAGAAUCCAUACUGGAGAGAAACCAUACGAGUGUGACAAGUGUGGGAAAGCAUUCCGUGGGAGCUCUAAUCUUACUAAACACCAGAAAAUACAUGCCAAAGGAAAGUGUCAUCAAUGUAAGACAAGUGAAUCCUAUCCUGAGCCAUUGCACUCUAAGAUGUCCACCAAGUUGAGAGAACAUGCAGCCUUGACUCCUGUGGUGCACACUCGAGAGGAGCAGGAGGGACUGAGAAUCGUGAAGGUAGAGGAAGAGGAGAACCAUGCUUGGGAGCAGAAGCCUCGCCAACUAGGGAAUGUGCACCCUUAUCAGGAACUUUUCCGCCAGUGCUUCAGGCAGUUCCAUUACCAGGCGGCCCCUGGACCUCGAGAGGCUCUGAGCCAGCUCCGGGAGCUCUGCCAAAAGUGGCUGCGGCCUGAGAUGCACAGCAAGGAGCAGAUCCUGGAGCUGCUGGUGCUGGAGCAGUUCCUGACCAUCCUGCCCAAGGAGUUGCAGGCCAGGGUAUGGGCGUAUCAUCCAAGGAGUGGAGAAGAAGUGGUGACUGUGCUGGAAAAUCUGGAGACAGAACUUGGAGACAAAGGACAACAGGUCCAAGCCAGUGCACGUUACAAACAAGAAGUGCUGUGGAAGGAAGUAGGAAGUGUAAGCCUUACAAAUCAGUCACUUAACAUCCAGCUGAAGUGUGAUCCUUGGGAGCAUUUUCCUCUUCAAGAGAAUGCAGGAGCUGAGACCAGGAAUAUGACUGGUGAAUUUGCUCCAAAGCAGAUUUCUGCAGAAAGGAAUUCAUUGGUUGCUUUCCAGGAUGCAAAGUGUGGAGAAACUUUUCAAUAUAGGGGUAAAUCAGAACAGCAAAAGGUCAACCCCAUGAGAGUAAAACGACACAAAUGUAAGGAGUGUGGAAAGGCCUUUGCUCAGAGCUCAGGGCUUGUUCGACAUUGGAGAAUUCACACUGGAGAGAAACCUUAUAAAUGCAAUCAAUGUGGAAAAGCCGUCAGUUAUAAAUCAGCCCUUCUUUCACACCAGGAAAUUCAUAAUAAAAUAAAACGCUAUCAGUGUAAUGAAUGUGGGAAAGCCUUCAGUCAAAACACAGGCCUGGUUCUUCAUCAGAGGAUCCAUACUGGGAAAAGACCUUAUGGAUGUAAAGAGUGUGGUAAAUCCUUUAGUCAAAGUUCACACCUUAUUGGACAUCUGAGGAUCCAUACUGGAGAGAAACCCUUCAAAUGUAAUGAGUGCGAGAGGGCCUUCACUCAGAGGUCAGGACUCAUGGAACAUCAGAGAAGUCACACUGGAGAGAAACCGUAUAUGUGUAAGGAAUGUGGGAAAGCUUUCCGAGGGAGCACCAGCCUUACUCAGCACCUGAGGAUCCACACUGGGGAGAAGCCCUAUCAGUGUGAGGAAUGUGGACGAGCCUUCAUUCAGAGGUCAAGCCUUGUUCGUCAUCAGAGGAUCCACAGAGGGCAGAAGUCUGUUUCUGUAUCCUAAUUGUAAGGAGGCCUUUAAUCAUAAAUCAGGCCUUACUGAACACUUUAGAAAGCUAUGCUGAAUACAGACCCAAUCACUGUGUAAUAAAUUCAAGAAAUUAGGGAUGUGGUGUCUCCAUUGUUAUUCUAAGUAGUCAAACUAGAAGAGAUUCUGAUAUCACCCAACAGAUUGAAAGAAGCUGGUAGCUUGUCACUGGAGCAGACCAUUCACAUUUUGGCCUGAGUCUGUUGUGGAUGCUGCUAUUUCUUUCUCCCAUUCUUUUGGUCCUUCUCCUUUGUGGUCCUUCAGCACUUUUGCUCCUUGAAGUCACUACCAUCACAUACCCUGAAUAACCUGAUGAUACAGUGGCUCUCAGAUUUUGAACAGAAGACCACUGAGACUGUUAGUGUGCAUACUAUGCAAAGGAGAACUUAGCAGGAUGAACAGGGAAAGUGAUGCUGUUGUUAACGUUAUAUAAAUGAGGGGUAAGCUAGGUAAGUUACACUUAAAAGUGACUACUCAACGACACAGCUUGCUGUUUUCUUUGCCUUCUCUUCACCCUGUUGGUGAGGGAGGAAGUCCUACCCUAAGAUUUGGAAGAUGGCCAAGCACAUGACACCCAACAGUGGACAGAUGGGAUUGAUAGCACUUAAUUAGCUGCUUAUACUCAUAGCCUAGGGGAGGAGGGCCACUUGGGAGCAGAGUGAACAAAUAGGAGCUUUGGGAUACAGGCUUUGUAGUAAUAAGAUGGGGUGAUGUCUGGUUUCCUUGGGAGGAUGUGAUUGACUUGUUUGAAUAAUUUCAUGGGCAGGCAAGGAGGUGAGACCCAGUAGGUUGAGGAGUGUAGCUAGUCCAGCUGAUGGGGAACAAGCCAAGUGCGGUCACUUCCUGCUGGGUGGGAGGCAUAUAUAGCAAGAGCAGAGGAACCGAUGGUUAGGCUUUUGGGUCCCUGUGAGGCUCAAAGAUGUCAAGGCAGCACAGGAAGUUUUAGGCCUUGCUGCUCACUUUGUCAACUUAGAAAAAAGACAUAGUUUUUAGGAAAGAGUUAUAAUGUAUAUCUGUGCCCUCAAGAGUGCUGUUUAUUCAUAUGUACUCUUUUUUUUUUUUCUUUUUCUUUUUGAAUCUCAGUGAUACACAUUCCUCCUCCAGUUUAUCUCUAGGAAAAAAUCCCAGAAAUACCAUUGACCAUCCAGCAUGCCAGUUGGACUUGAUCCCAUAUUGGUGGUGGGAUUGAAGAGACAUCAGGUAGCAGAGUCUAUAAUGCUUCUACAUCUUUCUGACUUUCUUAUGCUAAAAACCAGUAGAGAUCUCAAGCUCAGCUCCCUCACUGUCCACUGUUAUCAUCUGGAUACCUAUGUCUUCAUUAUGCUUUAGUUUAUCUUUUCAACCUUUGGAAUAGACAGUCUGAAAAGCACUGAUGUUGUCUUCUACUCUGACUUUGAAUGAAAUAUACUUUUCACUAUUAGGACUAGAGACACUAGAAAGUUUAUAAGGUAGAAAGUGUAUAAAAGUGGGGUAUUUCACUAUAUUCAUAUUUUUAUAGGGACGGUAUAAAUAAAUACCAACCAAGAAAACUCUGGAGGUGCUAAUUGUUCAUCCUUAGUGCCAUCACUUACUUUGUUUUGCCUUGUUUCAAGGCUCAGGUAGGAAAUACCUGAGAGGUUGACAUAUACAGGUCAGAGGGAAAUACCUAUGACAAAAAUAAAAGAGAAGUGGAUAGAACAUUAAAUCUCCCUGAAGUGAGACACCCUGAAAUUUAAAAUGCAGACUUGCACAGAAUACUUGCACAUUUGAGGAAUUUUCAACCAAGUGGAUGAAUUCUCCUGUGAAAUGUGCUGAUGAACUGAGCUUUUCUGGCAGUGGGAACUAUGCCAGAGAUGAAAACUGGCAUCCUAAGGAUCAGAUACAUUUGGCAGACAUUUGUGUAGCUCAUUCAUUGUUUUUAGGAAUUGAAUUAGCUGUCAGCUUAAAAAAAUUUAGAAAUUUUAUGUAGAAAUGGGAUUUCCAUAUUAUUUUGAAAAAAAUAAAAUCUGGCAUCACUGGGCCAGACCUCUUACCUUCCAGUUCUUUCCAUGCCCCACCCUCCAGCUUCAUUAUGUGUCUGAGCCCUGGAGACAUUUGAAUUUGCUUAUCUGGAGAAUGACUACUUCAGAGGAGAGUUUUAUUUCAUAGCAGAGUAAACUAAAUAGAAACAAGGUGAAGUCAUCCUUGACUUUCUGAUAGGUUGUUUGCAAAAAAUGGAAAACCAUAAAUUGAGAAAUUUGAAAAGUAGGAUACAGGUUUCCCCUGCUACCUGAAAGUGAAGCAUUCCUAUGAAACUUUUUGUAAGCCGAAAUGGCAUAAAGCAAAGAGGCAUUUACCUUAGGACACAUUUUGCUAACGAAUGCACAAAAUCGAGAUAAAGCACAGAUGCUCACAGACACAGUUCAAAGCUAUAGUGGCUUAAUGCUGAGAUGCUGAGUGUAGUUCCCAGGGAAGGAGCUUGGUGGUGCCACUCUUGCUGCUUGAUUUGCGCGAUACCUCUCUAGAAGGCUGGCUGCAAAACAAAUGUUGAACGCUAUUUUCGCUUUUCACCUUUUUUGGCAAACAAAAUCCUCUUCGGCUUUCUUUCAGUUAGUGAAAACAGGUACUAAUGUAGGUCUUUAUUUGUAAAGGCGAAGAGGCGUAAAGCAAAUAUUCAAAA